AUGCGAUAUAAAUUAAAAUAUUCAACUGCCUUAGAAGAAGAAGAAGAAUUAAAAUAUCAUAACGCUGUUGAAGCACUUCCAUACUUGACAAUUAAUAAUGUAACAACUGAAGAUUCAUGCAAUAGAGUUGUGAAUGAAUUAAGAAGGAGGAUAAAAAAGCAUAAAGCUAUUGGAUUUGACUGUGAAUGGGUUACUGUCCGGGGUAAGAGGCAACCCGUUGCUUUAUUGCAGCUGUCCUCUUUUGAUGGCUACUGUGGAUUAUUCAGACUUUGUCAGUUAAAGACUAUACCACAAUCCUUAAAGGAAUUUCUAGAAGAUGAUUCAAUAUAUAAAGUGGGUGUUGCCCCAUUCGACGAUGCAAAAUAUUUAUUGCUAGAUUACUCAGUGGCAAUAAGGUCGACCCUUGAUUUGAGACAUAUAGUCAGAUUUUUUGGACAUGUACCUGGUGGAUUGGCAUUCUUAGCAAAAUCGCAUCUUAGGAUAAUAUUAGACAAGAGUUGGAGGGUUCGCUGCAGUGACUGGGAGGCACAGGAGUUGACGGAAACCCAAAUAAAAUACGCGGCAGCCGACGCGCACGUUGCCGUCAAGAUCUUCGUUAACCUCGUCGACCGAGACCACGGCUGCCUCUGGAAGUGGUUCAACAUCACGGGCGACGAUACAAAUUGGAGCGAUAUCAAUGAGAUCUGUUCAAAGUUCGCCGAUGUUGGUUUCACAGCGUACUCGACGUCCAGUUGGAGGAACGAAAGAACAAAAAAGGUGAAGAAAUGGAAACAGGAGAAGGAGGUCAGAGCGAGCAGACGGUACCUUCACGCGCUGCGCACCAAGCCGCUGUACCACAACUGCUUCUUGCUGGCCCCCGACGGAGAGCUGUUAUGCACUUGCGACGUCAAGAAGGCCGAAUGGUAUGUGGAGAAGGGGUUAGCGGAUCUCGCGAGCCUGGACCCGAUGACGGUCCGGCUCCGCUUCGAGCCGGCGGGCCGUUCGGUGGGCGACGUGGGCCGCUACUACCAGCUCACGAAGGAGAACAAGUGCGUGGUCUGCGGCGGCCACAACUCCUACAUCAGGAAGAACGUGGUGCCCCGCGAGUACAGGCGGUACUUCCCAGAGAUAAUGAAGGAGCACUCCUCCCAUGACGUGGUGCUCCUUUGCGUCGGCUGCCACCAGCGGAGCAACGCGCUCGAUCAGGCGGUGCGCGAGCGUCUGGCGGCUGACUGCGGUGCGCCGCUCAGCACCCACCCCGACGGCAAGUACAAGGAGGACGUCGAGUCCAACAGGAAGGUGCGAUCGGCCGCCCGCGCGCUUCUCUACCAGACCAAGAAGCACGUCCUGCCCGAAUCCAAGCGCAAGCAGCUGGAGAGCAUCGUGCUGCCCCAUUUCCCCCAAUAUGAGGAGGUCACUGAGGAGCUCUUGCAGCUCGCUUCAGACAUCCAAGUGGUCUUCGAGAACGCAGACUUUGAGUCGCACGGGCACCGUGUGGUCGAGUACUACUUGAAGCACGACGGUCUGCUCGAGCUGGAGCGGCUGUGGCGAGAGCACUUCCUCCGCUCGAUGCGACCCAAGUACAUGCCGGAGCUAUGGUCCGUCAGGCACAACGCAGAGAGGUUGCUGGUCAGAUUUCAAGAGGGUCGUCUUUCCGAAGAAAGUGCUAAGCUAUUAGGAAGAAAACUUCCUAAGGAUUCUCAGGAACUACUGGAAUUGCAGGAAGACAUACAGCAAUUAGAAGAAAAACUUAGAGAAAAACAUAAUGAAUUAUUUAAGAUUAAGCGCAAUAAAUACAGGAGUAAGCCUACCGUUACUAAAAGUAAACCCGAAGCUUUUGUGAGACCUCAGAAAAUAAUGCUGCAAAACUCUAUACAUAGCAUUCAGAAAAACUUGGAACUAAUGUCAAUGUUGUCAGGCAUGGAAGUGCAAUCCUAUGCAGCAGGAGAUCAUUGUUGCAUCAUGUACCAUUUGCAGCAUGAUGCCGAAUAUGAAGUGAAACAUUGUCUGCGGAUUGAAAUGAAAGGCGGAAAGAAUGAAGUAACAAAGUGCUCCUUUCCACUCGGCUUUAACUUUAAAGCUGUAACUGAAGAAUUUGAUAAUAUAAUGAUGCCAGCAUGUCUGAGUUCCAUUAAAAAGGCUUUGAUAGCAUAUUACGAUAGAUUUAAGCAGUUUGAAGAACUACAGAAAUUAUUAAAUGUGGAAGCUCAGUUGUUCAAAAAAUUGGACACAUCUCAUAUUGAGAUAUCAUUCUUUGCUGAAACUGAUAUGGAGGGGGAAGAUGAACCAGUGGUGUUGCACAUUGUACUCAUGUUGGAUUAUAGAGUUUAUGAUGUUAGGCCAAAGACUUACUGUUUCAAUGAAGAUGAUUUACCAGAAGAUGCACCAAAGGCUCUUAGAUCUCAAUGUGCAGAGUUCCGAAAGAAGCCACUACAAAAGGCAUUUAAAGAAGCAUUCAUGGAUGGGGUUGGGCGAUACCGACUCAUGCAACAGUUGAAGACCCGAGUCAGAGAAGACGAGAUUAGGCCUGAACCUAAACAGAGAACGCACAAGAGAUUCCGUCCAAACAAACAAAAUUAUAACAAUGAUGAUACAUUCCUUCCUGAAGAAUGCUCAGACCAGGGUGAAGAUGAUGAAGUAGUACAA